AUGGCCGAAAAACCUGACAUUACCGUCUCAGUUGACUUUGGCACCACGUACACAGGCGUUGCGUGGAUGACCCAAAAGACGCCCAUCCAAGUCAUCAACGACUGGCCUGGGAGCGGUGAUCGAGGAGAGCGCAAAGUUCCCACUACGCUCAUCUAUAACGAAGACGGCGAGUUGUCAUCAUGGGGCUUCAUGUGCGAUGAUGACGACGAUUCCAUCCCCGGCAAGACGCGGAGGGAUUUCUUCAAGAUCUACAUUGACGAAGAGACGCUCGUCGAGGCACGGGGGAGGGGGCUCUCCAAUGUGCCGCAGACGACCGUAGAGGCGCAAAAGUUUGCAACAGACUAUCUCCACCAGAUCUACCUCCACAUAAAGGACACCAUCGAGACGCAGAUGGGGAGGAAACACCUUGGCGGCUGGGCCGACAUGGCGGUGACUUUUCUGUUCAGCGUGCCGACGACGUGGACGCGCCUGGAGAUUAUCAAUACGUUCAAGACUAUCAUUCGUGAUGCAGGAUUCGGAGGCGGCGGGUCGAAGCAUGUGGCUCAGGUUGAUCUUACAGAGGCCGAGGCUGCGGCUGUUGCGACGCUGAAGAUGAGCGCCAUCUCGUUCAACAAGGGAAGUUUGUUCCUGACCGUUGAUGCUGGAGGAGGAACAACGGAUUUGGCUCUCAUGAGAGUGACUUCAAGUGAUGCCAGCUGCCCGCAGAUGGCGCAGAUAUCCACCGUCAAGGGUGUCGGUAUUGGAUCGACGCUGAUUGAUCGGGCGUUUAUCAGGGUCGUCACGGAGAGGCUGGUCGCGAACCCGGAUAUCCAACGCCAACUGCCCAGCGAUUUUGCCUCUCGCUUCUCCAAGAGCCACCAUUUCAAGGUUCUGAAGCACAAGUUUGGUGAAAAGGUUUACAUGCAGCCCGUGUUCAAGCUGCAGAUGGAGGGGGUGUCGCACGGGUUCAGCCAUGCAGGUCUUGGUGUAGAAUAUGGGAGGAUGCAGUUCAAUAUGGAAGAGAUUCAGUCGCUGUUUGAUGCUCAGGUGGAUGGCAUCAUGCAGCGAAUUACAGACCAGCUAGACUGGCUAAGUGAGAACGGAUACACAGAACAAGUGGAAUACAUGAUUCUGUCUGGAGGUCUCGGCAGCUCAGCAUACGUCCGCGACAAGAUCUCACUACACCUCGCCUCCAGACCCCACGCCAGCGCCGCAAGAGUCGCCGUCGUCCCAUGCCACGACCCCCAGCUGGUCGUCGUGAGAGGCCUUCUUCUCGAUUACCAGCAAAGAAUGGAGACGGGCAAUGUUCCCGUCCUAGGGGCGCGAGUAGCUCGGUCAAGCUACGGCGUCAUCGUGAGGCAGAUGUAUUCGGCGACGAAGCAUGCGGACGAGGAAGUCGUUCCCGAUCUGUGGGAUCCGAAGAAGAAGUGGGCUAUCAACCAAAUUCAGUGGAUUAUUCGGAAGGGAGAUAAGAUCGAUCCAAAUGUUCCGCUGGUGAAAUCGUUCGAAUACCGUCUAGGACCGGAUGACCCUACGAGGGUAUGGAAUGCAGACAUAGUGGUCUCUCAAAAUGAUCCCUCCAAUUUACCAAAGAGCCUUAAACACGCUGGCGUGACCAAACUCUGCAUGGUAAAGAGCAACCUCGAGGGCGUCCAACAAGACCAGCUCGUGCUGAAGCAAAAGCGCGGCAUCCUCUUCCGCAAAGGCUACAAGUUCUAUGUCUGCAGAUUUGACCUGCGCGUCAUCGUUGCGCCCGCGGAUCUGCGGUUUGAGCUGUGGUUUGACGGGCACAAGUUUUCAGGCAAUCACGAGCCUGUCACGCCGCAGUGGGCUGAGGCUGGACUCAAGGUCAAUCAGGUCUGA